CCCCGCCCCUCUCUCUCUCUCUCUUCGAAACCUAAAUUUCGAUCAUCGAACCAGUGUCGUCUUGAUAAAUCAACUUGAUUUCAAUGGAUUACGGGGUUGAUGGCAAUGAUAAUGGUGAUAUGGUGGGAAUUUCUGUUGAGGCGCAUAGUCGAGUCGGUGAUGGAGAUGACAUGGGUGGAAGUUCUGUUGAAGUAGCUUUUCACCAGGAUCAAGACAAUAAAAUGGAUCCUGAUUCUGUGGAACUGGAUGCAAUUCCAGAGGGAGUACCAACUGUGUCAUUGGCUUUGUCAGAUGAGCCCUAUGUGGGACAGGAAUUUGACUCUGAAGCAGCUGCACAUGCAUUUUAUAAUACCUAUGCUACGCGUGUAGGAUUCAUCAUCCGUGUAAGCAAACUUUCUCGAUCAAGGCGUGAUGGAUCAGCUAUUGGUCGCGCACUUGUGUGUAAUAAAGAAGGCUACAGAAUGCCUGACAAGCGUGAAAAAAUUGUAAGGCAAAGAGCGGAGACCAGGGUUGGUUGCAGGGCAAUGAUUUUGGUGAGGAAAGUAAGUUCAGGUAAAUGGGUUGUUACAAAGUUUGUGAAGGAGCACACUCAUCCCUUGACACCUGGGAAAGGUCGAAAAGAUUGCAUUUACGACCAAUACCCGAAUGAACACGAUAAAAUUCGGGAACUAUCACAGCAGCUAGCAAUUGAGAAAAAGAGGGCGGCAACCUAUAAAAGGCAUCUGGAAUUGAUUUUUGAGCAAAUUGAGGAGCACAACGAGAGUUUGUCGAAGAAAAUCCAACACAUAGUUGACAGUGUGAAGGAGAUAGAAGACAAAGAGCAGAAGAGUUGUAUAUAGUUCCAGUGAUUCUUAUAUAAUUACACUCCAAUUGUUGGGAGCUCAUCAUUUGUAGAAAAAAUUAGGGCGUCGAUGUACAGGCCUUUCGAGCCCAUCAAAGACUCUUGGGCAUCAGGAUGUUUGCAGAAGGUUAAAAUUAUUCUAUUGCUCUCUCAUCCCCAUUUAGUCAGGGUUUGAUAUGUUCUGUAUAGCAUUCAGAGUAUUGUAUCUCAGUUUAUUUUUUGUUCUUUUUCUUGUAAGUUUCUUUAAAGAACAAUUUUAGAUUUGAGUAAAUAACUAGGCCAAGAUUUUGUCUUUGAUCAUUUGAGUAAUGAGGGUUUUGUAGUCUUUCAAAUUGAUGGGCAUCGGUUAGUAACUUCCUUUCUAUGAAACUUGGGUCAAGGAUUUUGAUAAUUUUAGGAGAUGUCCAUAAUGAUCU